AUGUCGAAUAUUAGCAGUGUCUUCAAUCGCCUGCAACAGGUAUAAUUUCGUUCCUUAAAUUAACUGUGCACAGAAAGCUGGGGAAUCGUUUCUGAAGGCGGACAAAACCCUUCCUCAGGCGGAAACGGCUGAGCUACUUGCCCAGUUGGAUAAAAUGAAACCCUGGUGUAACCAGAUUAUCUCAGCUGUCGAACAGUAUGUUGAUGUAACCGCAGGUUUGUCUCCAUGCUUCUCCUUUUUAAAUGUGAUGCUUUUUCCCGUGAAUUUCUAUGCUUUAGACUGUCACGUACGCCCAUAACGCCAUAAUGGGAUUAUCCCAUAUGUGAUAUAUGUAUCCAGUCCUUUACGCUCAUUACGCCGAAAGCACUUAUUCAAACGGUCGAGCUAUAGCCUUCUAAAAACUCCUAGAUUAACAGUUCAAAAAUUCCCUUGUACGCGUGUCUCCCCGUCCAGCGGAGAUCGCGAAAUUAUACGCAAGCGAUAUAUUGUUCGAGCCAUCGUACUAGGUCCCCUUGGAAACGAAGUAAAUGCAUAGUCUUGGUAGAUUUUUGUUUUUCGAGAAAAUUUGUCUUUGAAAGGCUGUGGCACUUUACAUUAAUUGACAAAAAUUCGCAGCCUGCAUGUUGUUCCAAAAAAAUCUGAUAGCCCUGCAAACUCCGUGUUUAAGCCUUGUUUCCCGUACCUUUACGCAAGCCAUCCAUAUUACCGAAACUCCGGCCGAAUUUAGGUUAGCUGGGCAGUUUGAGGGCGGUUAACAUUCUUUAACUCUACACAACUUGCUUGGGCUGUUUUAUUGGGCCGGACUCUCCUUAGCCUGUUUUCGGUGCUCUGCUGCAUCAUAACGACGGUGGAGUUUUUAUAUCGGCUGUCGGAUCAGCAUGCAAAUUAGGCGCGUGGAUAUAUUGGCGGUUUGGUAUUAAAGCCCUGUCCAAGCGUCAUGCUGCAGUGGCCACCAAGAUUGUAUGUUUGAAUUUGGUGCGCAAUCUAUGUGGCAUUUACUUUCGUCGCUGUGUUCGAUUAUGAUUAUAGGUGAAGAUUAUUGGGGGAAUUGGUAACUUGAUGGUGCCUAGGCGAUAAAGUGAAUCAUGCAUUUGCCGUCAGAUCAUAAUCACCAUCCAUCGGCCGCAGAUGUCUGCCUUAUUUUACCUUAUUUUUAGCGAUAUCAAUUAGUUUUCUUUUCGCAUGAAUUACACUUCCCUCAUUAUGGGAUGACCAGCAAACUGACGUUCCGAUAAUUUUUGUCUCACAUUACACUACCACGCUUAUUUUUCGUCUCCUUCGCCUACUUCACGUGCACUUUCUGCUUGUCGGCUUUCGAAUUUUACUUAACUGCAUCUCGUCUAUACUCACGCUGUUGCUGGAGUUAAAAAAUAUGUGGUUGAUAAUUUGUUAUCAGGAUACCGCCUAAUUUGAACACAAAUCGCUUAUACACUUUUCCAUGAAGGAAGCGUCUUCCUUUAUGUCUCCUACCGAUUUGUUUUAUUAGCACCGUGUUUCUCAUUUCUGAAUUUGAUUUUUUCUUGAAAAAACUACUAGACAAGUCUAGUGUUCUCUGGGGUUGUCGGUAAAGCAAAUCAUCCGCCGUUUUAUCCAGCAUUCAAGCCCAGAAUGUUUAGGAUUAAGCCUGGAUGUGUUUUUUAUUUUUAACAUAUGUUUGUCAUUGAAUUAACUUUCUACAUGUUUUUGAGCCUACUGGGACCGAGGUUAGGUUUGUGUGUGCGCCCCUCAAACAGCUGGUAUUUCCCUUACAAUAUCUGUCGGUUUAUCUUGCAGACGUAGUUCUAACACGUUACCUCAAGUAAACUAUUAGAGACCGAAAACAACCCACCAAGUCACUAUUUCUCUAUGACAAAACCUCACCUAUACACACAACUUUACGCCCCACUUAACAUUGUAAACUUUUUGAGACAAAGUCCAUUCUUUUUCAAGACUACUUUGGCAUUUGAGGAUGACAGCAACACCUUUCUACUAUUUAUUUUUCAUUUUCUUUUAGCAACCAAGGUUAUUGAUGUCUUUGCGAAAAAUAAGGAAAAGACUACAUCUUCUGACAAAGUUAGCACAGCCUUCAAAACUGUUGGCGAAGAGGCUACCGGUUUUCCCAUCAUGAGUAAGUCAUGACUUUUGCGUUUCUUCCAGCAUAUUCAUUCAGCACUUCCGCAGCCUUUCUCUUGACAAUAUUUGACUUUUUUGUUUAGGCGCCUACCUUACUACAUCGGCAUCAGCGCAUGCGCGCAUGGCAGAGGCCAAGAAACAGUUCAAUGAGAACGUUUCUCAGAAUUUCCUCAAAGUGCUGAAGGACUUUGUAAAUAUUGAUCUCGCCGCGGCAUUGGUAAGAUAUUAGUAGUAGCAUUGUAACUGGACGCGCCUCGGAAAUUUGCGUUUUUAUUCUCUGGUAGUAACUGGAGUUUCCUGCGUUUUCACGUAACUGUGGUUUGAAAACAUAUUCGUGCACGUGGGUGCUAGUACAAUUAUUAUUUAAUUAUAUUAAUACUGAACUGGAUCUCUCAUAGUACUGUUAUUCUUACAGAAACAGAAAGAUGAGAUGGAAAAGGCACGUCUGGAUUUGGACUCCGCUAAAACUAAGCUGAAGAAUGCCAAAACCGAAGAAAACAAGGCCAAGGUAAGGACAAAACGUGAAAAUUUUCAGCGAAGCCUCUAGUCAGCCAAGAAUAGACGUUUGCUGCAUUCUUGGAAACCGACUCGCGAACCCCAUAUAUUUGCUAUUAUAUGCCGUUAUGCUUACCGAUAUCUUCACACAUUUCGGCGUGCGAUUAUUAUUUUUUUUAUCUUUGCAGUUUGAAGCUGAAGUACAGAAAUUCCAGGCUACCUACAACAGAGAGCAGGGUGAAACGACUACGAUGCUGCGUGAUACACAUGAUGCCUUUGUACGUAUUUUUACAACGUUUGUGACUUCCUUGAAUUGGAUUCUGUUUGACAGAAGUAUUUAUCUGUCUGGUUGGGCAUGUUUUCCCUCAGACUAUAUUUUGCGUAUCUUUUUAUUUGUGUACUGGUGUAUGCGUGGGUCAACGCCAAUAAAUAUUCCGAUUCGGAGAGGGCGUAACACAUAAAAAGGUUAGGGUAAUUGCUGCAAAGCUGAGGCACAGUCGAUCGCAGAGCUGGGCACAGAUUUGUCACGAUAAUCCUCUAUUCGGCUUGCUUGUGGUAGACUGCACACUUCACAGGGCACCUAUACUGAAUAAAUUAAGCCCCUUACAACACUUUAAGCUCAGUCUCAAGGCAUAACGCGGGCCUCAGUGCACAUAGCACUGCAUUUGGUGAAUUUGGAGUCGCCGCUUACUUUGCUUGCCUUUGAGCUGCCGACCUUCGUGCCGAUUUCAAGGCCUCCCACCACUCGCUGGUCUUUCGUUUCCCCACUACUUCGCGAUCUUACGUUGGCGCUGGCUUGGCCAUUAGUCAUUUGUGCUUCCGGUGCCGGAAGUUGGGACGCUCGUGCAAUUUAGAAGACGUACUGCUGUCAAAGCAUAUGCGCUCCUUUUGGCUUUGCGGGCGAACUCUCGUACCAAGAAGCAUUGUUACCAAGAUGAACAUCAGAUUCUUCACUUCGAGCCUGAUUCCUCGUGCUCUACGGGAGGUUACUUUUCCUCCACCUCUUGAAAAUUUGCAUACGCACACCCACCUUGUAGUCAUGGGGAGGUGUUAACUGAGCACACAGUAAAUGCCCCUGCUGGCAUAGAUGUAUUGCCCGGUUUUUUGCCAUUCUGUUUUUGGAAUGAUGCAUCAACACCGCGAGGUUGUAAGUUAUUUUACGGCUCUGGAACGUCAGUUUUACGGACAGCAGUUCACGUCCUAGGAAGUGUAUACUGCUCGUUUACAAAACACCAACUCUCGCGGCUUGCGGAGUUUAGCUGGGUGUUUUUCCCACGCAGAACAGCCCUGUCGUCUGCUUCUCUUUCUUUGAAUACUUCUCCACGCCAUGAAUUUUCGUCCGAGUUCCGCCCAAGGCCUUGCACAAUGUAUAGUGAUCAGGGAAACCUUGGUCACGCUGCUGCAUUGAGACCAGCAGCACUGGAAACUAGUGGGACUGGGAUUGCAAUUGCUGGGUUUCUAGCCAUUACCAAUCAGCCAUACCCCCCAACAACUGCGGCUAAUAGGGCGUUGGGUUCGACGCUCAGCUACCAAAAAAUUCAGACUGGAAACUAGAGUCUUUUUGACAUGCGGUUGGGUUUGGGUCAGUAGAAAGCGCCUCAUUGUCUCGUCUUCAUGAAACCAUCUGCGUGGGCUCUUGACCGGAGUCCCAAGCAGAGAAUGGAGCGUCGUUUAUCUACCCUGCAACCGGCGUCGAUCCGUGGACACCGCUUCUGUGUGAAUAACGAAUUGCUCUGUUUCUUACAGGGCUUAGUUAUUGUAGACUGUUUUUGAAGGUCUGCCCGUUUGUAAGAUACCCAAACCUAACUACGGCCAUCCGUUGAAAUAACCUACACUGCUUCCCUCGCACAGCGGACGUGAUUGUUUUUCCGAUCUCCAUCUUUCCAAAAUACAAUUGUUUGCUUUGUAGGAGAAAUUGAAGGACACCUUCAAGCAGUUCGCCGCGGAGCAGAAGGCCUAUUACACUACAUGUGUUGAGGAAUGCACGAAAUUGUGUGAGGUAGCCUAAAUGGUAUGAUAACUCUCCCCCUUUCCCACUUUUAAGGGCAAAGUGGUAGCUUGUUAAAUCUCUAUCUUAGUGCUAGAUCGUUAAUUUAUUUUCUGGGUUUUGUCAAGUUGGUGUCUUUAGCCACAUGGACUAUCUGCCUUAGAAAAUUGAUCCCGUCUUUGCUCAGUAAGGCCGUGUUCUAUCCUGACUAAUUAUCCAUCUCGAAUAUGUUAUUCGGCGUGAAAUUUUAGUUGAUUCCCUAGGUUACUAGCUAAAAGAACCCUGAAGUUUGUGCUUUAUUUAGCAGUUGCCCGUCUUUGGAUGUAAAUAUCAAAGGAUUUACACCAUUUUUUCCGUUGUCACAAACCUAAGUUCACCUUGUUUGCCUUUUCAUUCCGAUUUUAGCUGUGAUAUCGACAACGAUUAGGUUUUUGCUGAUCGUCACCACCAAUAAUGUCUUCAAUUUGUCUUUCUCUCUCUCUCACGCUUGUAUGAAACCCCCUCCCCACUUCUUUGCUAUUGUGCUCUGGGUUUCUUUUUGUUCUUGA